AGGGCCAGACAGGGCCUCGACCUGUGGGGCCAGGACGGGAGAGUCCAGUCCCGUCUACCGAAGCCUGGCGAUGCCCCACCACGGAGUGUCAUCGGGCCAGGGCUACCUCAGAGCCGGCCGGGAGCAGAGGCUGGCGAGGUCUUUGCCCGCACCCAGGUUGGGACUCCUUUGGAUGGGGAUGGGCCUGGCGCUGGUACUGACUCUGUUGGACUCCAUGGUUCUCUGGGCUCCUGCCAGAGCUUAUCCUCUUCCUGCCCAAGGCCAUUCUGCCAAAUUCAGUGCCAUAGUGCCCCCUCUCCAGAAUACCUUUGGGUGGCAGAACCUCACCUGCCCCGCCUGCAAAGCUUUAUUCACUGUUCUCAACUACGGGCUGAAGAAGGAACCGAACGUGGCCCGGGUAGGCUCUGUGGCCAUCAAGAUGUGCAAGAUACUGAACAUAGCACCCCUGAAUGUGUGCCAGUCAGCUGUCCAUCUCUUUGAGGACGAUAUGGUGGAUGUGUGGACGCGUUCAAUUCUGAGCCCAGCUGAAGUUUGUGGUUUGCUUCUGGGCUCCUCCUGUGGGCACUGGGACAUCUUUUCGUCUUGGAACAUCUCUUUGCCAUCAGUGCCGAAGCCACCCCCAAAGCCACCAAGCCCACCAGCCCCAGGUGCCCCCGUGAGUCGUGUCCUCUUCCUUACUGACCUACACUGGGAUCAUGACUACCUGGAGGGCACAGACCCUAACUGUGCAGAUCCCCUCUGCUGCCGCAAGGACUCUGGGUGGCCAUCCAACUCCCAGGCAGGUGCUGGGUACUGGGGCGAGUACAGCAAAUGUGACCUGCCUCUGCGAACACUAGAGAGCCUGCUGAAAGGGCUGAGCCCUGCCGGACCUUUUGAGAUGGUGUACUGGACAGGAGACAUCCCUGCCCACGACGUCUGGCAGCAGUCUCGCCAAGACCAGUUGAGGGCCUUGACCACCAUCACAGACCUCGUGAGGAAGUUCUUGGGGCCUGUGCCAGUGUACCCGGCUGUGGGCAACCAUGAGAGCACUCCUGUCAAUAGCUUCCCUCCCCCCUUCAUAAAGGGGAACCAAUCUUCACAGUGGCUUUAUGAAGCCAUGGCCAAGGCAUGGGGGCCUUGGUUACCAGCUGAUGCCCUUCACACUCUCAGAAUCGGGGGCUUCUAUGCCCUCACUCCACGCCCUGGCCUCCGCCUCAUCUCCCUCAAUAUGAAUUUUUGUUCCCGUGAGAACUUUUGGCUCUUGAUCAACUCCACAGACCCUGGUGGACAACUCCAGUGGCUGGUGGAGGAGCUUCAGGCUGCUGAGACUCGAGGAGACAAAGUGCACAUAAUUGGCCACAUUCCUCCAGGGCACUGCCUCAAGAGCUGGAGCUGGAAUUAUUACAAAAUUAUAGCCAGGUAUGAAAACACUCUGGCUGGUCAGUUCUUUGGCCACACUCAUGUGGAUGAGUUUGAGAUCUUCUAUGAUGAGGAAACCCUGAGCCGGCCGCUAAGUGUAGCCUUCCUGGGGCCCAGUGCUACAACCUUUAUCAACCUUAAUCCCGGUUACCGAGUCUACCAAAUAGAUGGCAACUACCCCGGAAGUUCUCACGUGGUCCUAGACCAUGAGACCUACAUCCUGAACUUGACCCAGGCCAAUGCACCAGGAGCCACCCCCAGCUGGAAACUCCUCUACCGGGCUCGAGAAACCUACGGACUUCCAGACAUGCUGCCCACCUCCUGGCAUAACCUGGUCUACCGCAUGCGGGAUGACGAACAACUCUUCCAGACCUUCUGGUUUCUUUACCACAAGGGCCACCCACCUUCAGAGCCUUGCGGCACACCCUGCCGCCUGGCCACUCUGUGUGCCCAGCUCUCGGCCCGAGCAGACAGCCCUGCACUGUGCAGACACUUGAUGCCCAAUGGGAGCCUCCCAGAUGCCCAUAGGUUGUGGUCACGGCCCCUGUUGUGCUAGUGUUCCAGGCCCCAGAGUUGGGGAAAGUUUGUGUGUUAGGAAAGGAACACACUCCUGAGUACUGCUGCGGGGAGGAGCCCUGUCAGGCCCAGGGAGCAAGCCUUCUCAGGGAAAGCUUGUUUGGCUAGACUUGGGGAAGGUUUGGCUGCCCUUAACUAUGCCCAGAAUCUGGAUUGCCUCUGGGGCUGGUGUCUUCUCCAGGCCACAGAGCUGAGGUCUCAGUGCCCUGGGUACCCAGGGAGGAGGAGCUCUUUUCCCAGCCUGGGCUAUGCACCUGUGAACCCUUUACUGCCUCUUGAUUCUACCAGGCUGUUAAAAUAAAGAGACUUGGACUCCAGAUUCUG